UCACAGUAUGUCAGUGCAAUCACUUUACAAAUUUCGCCGUACUGAUGAGCCCUGGAAAAACGCCCCCGGCAGAUGUUUUGGCUCUAAGUAUUAUAUCGGCUGUAGGUUGUGGCAUCUCCAUCCUUUGUCUACUUCUGACAGUUAUUCUACAUUUUAUAGUUUGGAGAUUCGUGAAAAGUGAUCGUGCAGUAUUGUUACUAAAUUUAUGUGCGGCUCUGAUAAUAUCUUACAUCGUUUUCCUUGCUGGAGUAGACAGAGUUGAAAAUAAGGAUGUAUGUACUGCUGUUUCUGCACUGCUGCAUUAUUUUUACCUGGUUGUGUUCUUUCUGAUGCUGGCAUAUGGUAUAGAAAUUGCCAUCUCCGUAGUUUAUGUUUUUGUAACAAGAUCCAGAAUAAAAUGGUUACUGCCACUUGCCUGGGGUAUUCCAUUGGUAAUUGUUGGAAUAUCUAUGGGUGUUACAAAGCUAGAAGGCUACGGCAAUGAAAGCUUUUGUUGGUUGUCAAUAGAAGAUGGGCUUCUAUGGGCUUUCGUUGGUCCUGCUGCUUUGAUCAUUGUGAUUAAUUUUAUUAUAGUUGUGAUAGUUUUAAGACAGAUGUUUAAGUCAUCAGCGAUGAUGACAAAGUCAGAUAAAGAAAAAGCUGUAAUGGGUGUUCGCAGUAUAUGUGUUCUCUUGCCAAUAUUAGGCCUCACCUGGGUGUUCGGGAUAUUUUCCGUCAACGAAGAUUUAGUUGUCUUCCAGUAUAUAUUUGCAAUAUGCAAUAGUUUGCAGGGAUUCCUCAUAUUCCUAUUCCACUGUAUCCUUAAUAAGCAGCUACGACAAGCAAUAAAGCAGCGAAGUGACAGAAAGAAGAGUUUACAGUCUAUAGAAAAUACUUUUAAAAAUCCACAUUCCACCACGGGAUCAACAGCUUUCCUAUCUAACGAAAAUAAAUUACAGCAAAAUAAAGAUCUUAACACGGGAUCCACAAAUCCAUUCCUUGAGGCUGAUAGGCAGAUGAAAGAGCUUGUCGGUAAAAAUAAGAAAAGUACAAACCUUAAUGACAAUUUUGAAGCUAAUAAUAAAGUAGAGGUUGAUAAUAGAAGUAAAGCUGUUGAUUUAGAUGAUGUGAAGAUAUCGAAUAUUAUAAGGGAGUCAGAGGUUAUGGGCGGAACUGCAGGUAUAUCAUCAAUACUUCCGGCAGAUAACAGGACGGAAGAUGACAAAAUUAAUGAAACUCCAAUGUUUCGGUCACAAAUUUCCUCAGGUAGUCACCGUUAUGACUAUAUAGAUCCAAGAGAAGGUCCGGGCAAGAAUAGUCCCCCGCAAACAGUAGGGAUCGAGAAACCGCCUGGUUAUGAAAAAUUGUUACAGGCAACGGGUCUUGCAAAUUACGCAUCAAAAGACAGUGUUCAUUCUGGAAGUGAUAGAAGUAGAGAAAAAGAAAAACAACGGGAAAAGGAACGUGAAAAGGAGAGAGAAAGAGAACGGGAAAGACAGAGGAAGAUAGAAAAAGAAAAACUAGAUAGAAUUGAGAAGGAAAAGAAAGAGCGCGAAAAAAUGGAAAGGGAGAAUGAAGAGCGCGAGAGAAAAGAGCGCGAACAAAGAGAUAAAAGUAAAUAUCAUGAAGGAGGUGUUAUAAGAAUAGGCUAUACUAAUGAAGGAUAUAACACUAGUGCAACCGUUGAUAGACGCCGGGAGGGAUCACAAGAAAGGUCACAGCCAAGGUCAGGUCGAUCGAGUAGAACAGACGACGACUACGAGGCCAGGCUUUACGAAAGACAUAUUCGGAUGCACAGAGUUUAUCUACCUCGUAGGCAAUUGAGUGGGUCGUCUGCUCAAAAUGUCACGUCAAUAAAUACAGCACUACCAGAAAAAUUCGAAUUUUAUCAGGGAAAGAAACGUCAGCAGAAAGAAGCGAAGAAACAUUCAGAGAGCUCAUUGAAGAAGAAAGACAAGAAAAAGUCGUCAUUAAAAGACAGAUCCAAAGCGUAUGAGUAUUCCUACGAAUCUACUUACCUGGGUGGUAAUUCUCGACAUGCAAGUCUGGAAAAUAUGAAUAUGCAAAAUCUAGGAUACAGUCCAUACGCACAAAUGCCAGGGUAUGGUGGAUAUCCGACCGGACGCCCUGCAGUACAGCAACAACAUUGGGACCAAUACGCUGGAUACGCUAGGGGCCCAAGAGAACCACGAACUCCCCGGGAUCCCCGGGAUUAUGACCCAUAUGCAAGAGAUCCUUAUAGAAGAGACUAUUGGUGAAACAAUUUUGAAUUUAUCUGUGGUUGUGAAAUAUGGGGAAUAAGCAGGAAUAGGUAAAGGGUAAAAAUUCGCCGUUAACAAUUUACGAAAGGACUUAACACCACCUUCUAUGAGGAUGCCUUCUUUGUUUGCAUGAUGUGAAAUAUUGUAAAAUAUGCUUGUUUUAAUUUGAAAGGAUUUACUGUAAGCAUUGCUUCAAAACCAGGUCUUCAGUCGAUCAUGAAUAAUGUAAUCAAAAAGACAAAAAAUGUCCAGGUAUACUUUUUAAUUGCAAAGGAUGAAAUCCUUAAAUCAUCAUGGAAUGAUUUAUACGUGGCUUCAAAAGGUAAUGCUUUUGUUACCUAAAACAGAGCUUAUCAAGGUAAAAUAUUGGCAUAGAUAUCUUACAAGAAUGGUGUCUUUACUUUAAGAUUUAACAUUGAAAAUUGAGAGGUGUUUAAUCAUAGUUGAACAAUAUUCAUCUAGAAAGUGUUGCUAUUUUUUUUUUAAAUCUGUAUAAUUUUAUGUGGAUUGUCUCGGACGACUGUUUUUCUCGGGGGCAUCAGUCUCAUUAUCUGUGUGACUAUUUAUAUACAUGUAUAUUAAUCGGAAUGUGAAGUAACAAAAUGUUUAUUUAACCUUAUCUCGCAAGAAUUCUUAAUAAUAAAAUUUAGUAGCCAUAGAUAUACAGCCUGAUUAGAGGAUGUAGGCUAGCCUUGCUCUAUAUCGAGGGUGUAGGUCUGUUACUGUUACUGCUAGCGCUUAUACAGAACUCUAUCCAACUGUAAUUAUCAGUACAAUUUUGUGCUAUAAAAUUCACCGAGUUUUGAUAGUUUUAUGUCUUAUACUCUCCCACAUAUUGGUUAUCUAGUGGAGUGAAAAAGAAUCCUAACAUAAAGCCCAACACGGCAAAAUUGAAAAUGUUGCAGGCUCGGUUUGAUUGAGUCUGUUCAUGGACGGUAGUUGUUACUGCAAGCUAUCGUCCACGACCCCUAAGACGUCUCUAUUUAAACUGAAACACAUUGCGUACUUUUGUGUCUAUAACUAAACAAACGUGAAAUAAAAAUGGAAGUCAAACGAUAACCACACCAGAUACAUUUUCUUACAACGCAGCCAUGAUGUUUUGUCGUUAAGUUGAUGAAUAAGUCAUACCGAUUUAAACUGACAGAACAUUGAUAGAAAUUUGAUUUAGCUCAUGCUGUGUUUAUGAAAUAUUGAAAUAUUUCGUUGAGAUACAAGUCAUACUAGAUCACAAACUAAGUGGAACAAAAGAAAUUUUUGUUAAAGUUUUAUAAAUUGAAAGAUAUCAAAGAAAAACGCACAAGUGAUAUAUUCCAUGACGUCACAUGGCGCCAAAUUUUUCGUUAAUUUAUGAAUAAAAAACAAAGAAUAUGACGUAAACUAAAAUGAAACUUUGUUUGGUUUUAAUCAAUAUGUAAUAUAUCGAUCUUCGAAGUUCUAAGUGAGAGUUAUUUUUAUUUUUCCACUUACGAUUUUGGGCUUUUGAAAUAAGAAAUAUUCUCCACUCUUGGUCAAAACAAACACAAACUUCUAGUUCUUAAAUAUAACACUUCAAUCAUGGGCAUUGUUUCAUUAACAACGUUAAAGGACAUGACCGGAUAAAAUGAUGCCUCUAAAACUAAGGCAUUGUAUUAAAUACUAUCAUAUGUAUAUAUUCAUUCAACAGUCCGAAUCUCAAAACGUGUAUCACAUUGUUAUGAAAUAAAACAAUUUUGUUAUUGUUUGCGAAAAUUAAUUAUGUAAUGUGCAAAUAUAUAGAUUUUAUACAUUAUGUUUUACAAGUAAAAUAUAUUUAUAAAUUAUAAAA